AUGGGCCAUGUUGGCCAGGAGACGCGGGCCCCCGACGCCAAGCACGACCGCAACGGGCCUGCAUCUACAUCUUCACACUCGCCGACAGAGCGGCGCGGAUCGGCUUUUCUCAACUUCUUCUCGUCCUUCCUGGGCUCGAAGAAUCCGCUCGCGCAGGCCGCGAACCCACAUAAACACACCGUCUGGCUGUUCGACAACACAGCCUACCAACCUGUGUCCGAGGCCAACCAACCCCCAUCUGGUUCCUGGCAAGCCGAGAUCAUCGCCUGCAUCUUCGAGACAGAAGGUCGCAAGGAUGCCGGGAAAUGGGUAGCUGCGAUCGCCGAUCACAUCGGUCUAGAUGGCGAACUGGGCGGCGACAAGGAGACACGCGAGCGUCUGGAGAGCCGUGUCCAACCUUUCUUGGACCAGGUCUCGCCGUCGCGAAUCCUCACCCUAGAAACUCGCAUCAAUGGCGCUGCACACUCCCAUCAUAUCGGCCCAUCCGACCGUAACGGGAUUAUCAGCCAAGUGAUUGACCUCGGAGCAAUCGGCGUCUACGACGGCACGAUCGAGUCUCCACAUAUCCAUGGCUUCCCCUCGCCCGCCGCGAAAGCAGAAACGCGAUUCGCGGCGCCGGAGGGCUGGAUGAUAAUCUCAGACAUUGACGACACGAUCAAGCGCACGAUGACCAUGGAGCCGACGGGGAUCCUGCGCACGACAUUCGCCGAAGAACCCGUGCCCAUCCCCGGGAUGCCAGAAUUCUACCGGCAUGUCCAGUACGAAUUAAAUCCCGCGUGGUUUUACCUCUCCGCAUCGCCGUACAACCUCUACCCAUUCCUGCACGCGUUCCUGCACGAACACUACGCACUCGGCACGCUGAUUCUGCGCGAUUACUCGUGGAUGGAUAUCGGCGGGCUCAUCAAGUCUUUUACCGAGAAGACGCAGGAGUAUAAGGUUGAUCGGAUGGAGAAGAUUCAUCGGUGGUUCCCGCUUCGACAGGUGCUUUGUAUUGGGGAUUCGACGCAGACGGAUCCGGAGGCGUAUGCGGAGAUGUAUAAGCGGUAUCCCGGGUGGAUUCAUGCGAUUGCUAUUCGGAAGGUGACAGAUGUUUCGAAUAUGGAGGAGAAGAAUGAGCCGGAGAGGUUUGAGAAGGCGUUUAAGGAUAUCCCUGAUGAUGCGUGGAUUGUUUUUGAGGAUCCGAAGGAACUUUACGAUUUUGUUGAUGGGCUUGGAAUGGAGGAUCAGGACUUGUAG